CUUCUGCAUAUAUGCAUACACACUAUACAUUAUCACACACUUUACAUUAUCACACACUCGUCUUUUGUUGUUGGUCACAUCCUUAAUACGUGUAACAACCUCCCUGCGCCGUUGGAUAUCUUCACCGUCUUUUUACACCCGGUGACUUGAUGGAAACAACCCGCUUUCUCACUCACUGUAUAAUUACUCCGACUGCAUCUCACUCGUUACAUAUUUAAUUUCUUGCCGUCGUCCAAGUGAGGUGAGUUAUUGAAGUUUAAGCAACGCCAGCAAGUCCCAAGAACUUGGGUCACCCACCACCUCUCCCUCCGUCGCCAUUUGCCUCAACUUCCACCGACAUGUUUCCCUUCGAUGUGAGCGCCAUUCCCACGCUGCCCACCCGCAAGGGUCUGCUGGUAGUCGAUUUCCAGAACGACUUCUUGUCCGCCGACGGCGUUCUCCCCGUCACCGACCACGAAGACCUUGUGGCCAGAACCGUCGAGCUGGUCAAGGCCUUCCGCAUGGUGGGCGACGUCAUCUGGGUACGCACCGAGUUCGACAAGUUCCGUCCCGUUGCCGACGAGCAGAUCUGGGCCACCGAUGCCCUGCCGAAACCCCAGGCCCUCAAGUCUCGUGCGAGGAAGAGGCCUAAAGGCGCAUCCGAGCAGCCGGAGCCCGAAGAGACUUCGGAUGCCGACCCCGAAGCCUUUCUAAGCCAGCCCGGCCCUGCCAUCGUUCGCCCCGCAACCCGCGGCGCUGAUUUCCCGGACGCCAUCAAGGAAGUCAUGGGUAAGAGGGACGUCACCCUUGUCAAGUCGCAUUACUCGGCCUUCACCUCAGGCCAGUUACUGCAAAUCCUGCGCGUCAAGUUUGUGCACGAGCUCUACAUCUGUGGCUCCCUCGCCAACAUAGGCGUGUACGCCACGGCCAUGGACGCCGCCAAGUUCGGGCACUCCAUCACCCUGAUCGAGGACUGCUGCGGUUUCCGUUCCGAUAUGCGCCAUACCAGUGCCACACGGAGCCUUGUCGACGUGACUGGUUGCAAGUUCGAAGACAGCGAGACCGUCAUUGAGAGCUUGCAGCCCAAGACCGGCCGGGAGUCCACCCCAACAUCCGCCUCACUAUCCCCUGUCGUGCCCAAAAGGGUCGCGGAGGCUGGCGAUGGCAAAGUGCCUUCCUCGGCUGAUGCAUACAAAGCGACACUCGAGAAGCAGCUGUCAAAACUCUCACUCGGGAGUUCGGGAGGUGGCCCGUCCAACUCGUGGUCCCGCAACAUUAUGGGCGAUUCUGAAUCUAUCGUGUCUGAUCCUUUGGAGGUUGAUCCAGCCGUCAGCGAGUCACCCGGCAAAGGGGCUUCGGGCAAACAAUCGGGCAAGGCGGUUCCGAAGUUUGGUUCGUCCAAUAGAACAGAGACGGGUCACCGAAAGGAAACCCGUACUCUCAAGGUAUUGUCUGCAUCCGACCUCGAACUCGAACCGGACCUGACGCCUGAUGCCGAGGCUGAGACCAAGCCCGAACCCGAGACAGUAUCAAAGCCGAAGCCGAAGUCGGCGAAACCAGACUCCAAGCUUGAGCAGGCUGAAAAGCAGGCGACCAUGGACGGCCAAGCCAAUGCGAAGGAAUCCUCCCCGCAGGUCACCGGGCCCCUCUGUGAGGGCGACACAACGGUCAUUCACAACCUCCUCCCUGACCCCUUGGCCGAGAACAUCUUUGAGAAGGUGAGAGACGAGGUUCUUUGGCAGAGAAUGUCACACCAGGGCGGUGAGGUCCCGCGCCUGGUGGCUGUCCAGGGUGAGGUGGCAGAGGAUGGGAGUGUGCCGGUCUACCGACACCCAUCCGACGAGUCGCCGCCUCUCUUCGAUUUCUCGCCGACUGUCCGGAAGAUCAAGGCCGAGGUCGAGAAACAACUCGGCCACCCGCUGAAUCACGCCCUGAUCCAGUUCUACCGCGACGGCAUGGACUACAUAUCCGAGCAUAGCGACAAGACCCUGGACAUUGUCAAGGGCUCGUUCAUCGCCAACGUCAGCCUGGGAGCCGAGCGGACCAUGGUGUUCAGGACCAAGAGGCGAGAAAAGGACUCGUCCAGCACUGAAUCGCCGUUGGCGGAGGACUCGAAGCAGCGCAAAACCUCGCGCGCGAAGCUGCCGCACAACUCACUGUGCCGCAUGGGUCUGGUGACCAACAUGCGCUGGCUGCACGCCAUUCGGCAGGACAAGAGGGCGGAACGGGACAAGACCGAACCAGAGCUGGCCUUCUCCGGCGGGCGCAUCUCUCUCACCUUCAGGCAGAUCGGCACGUUCUUGGAUCGAGAUAGCACCUUGAUCUGGGGCCAGGGCGCCACCGGUAAGACGAGACAGGAGGCACACCGUGUUAUCAACGGGCAGAGUCCCGAGGCAGUGGGUAUGCUCCAAGCCUUUGGCACAGAGAACCACUCGACCGAGUUUGACUGGGAAAAGUACUAUGGCAAGGGCUUCGACGUGCUCCACAUGAGCAACUCUCCCCGUCUCUGCGUUUCGUCUGACCCCGUCGUCAACAUGCGCAUCGCCUUGAUGCUGGCCGAGUAUGGUGUCACCUACGCCAAGGGCAGCAUGUCGCCGUCAUUCCAGUUGAAUGACGGCGACCCAGGCGCCAAUGGUCCCACCGCCGUGCCCGAGUCUUUGCCAAUCAGGUUCGUCGACAACGACGUAGCGAAGUCGACGGUGCAGGGCGAACUAGCCAUCAUGCUGUACCUUGAUGCAGCGUAUGGCCCGGGCAAGACUACUGGUGCGGCAGACAGAUCGAAGCCCGACACCGCGCGGGUCUUGACCCGUUUCCAGCAAGGCGUCUCCCUUCUCGACAAGUGGCGCCGGCUGGAACGCAACGGGGGCGACAAUACGCGCGACCUCAAACCGCUGAAGCGGGAGCUGGCCAUCUGGGAGGGGUACGCUGCCGAGGCGGACUCGAUCGCGGGGCCGAACAUCUCGCUGGCGGACUUUGCCGUCUGGCCGGUGCUCCACGCCAUUGUAACGGAAUCUGAUACCGAGGCGCUGGAUGCGACCCGAAAGCUGAAGGAGUACUACGAAAAGAUUAAAGCCAGGGAGUCCGCUCUCAAGGUUCUUGGCGCGAAGCAGCCCGAGAGUACGGAUGCCAAGCAGACCUAGAUCU